AUGCCCUCUGCGCAUUCGGGACUCCGGAAUUCAAAAGAGGACCCGGUUUGUCGGAGCCGGAAGGUCACUUACUUGCAUACCUACACUGGAAAGCGGCCAUAG